AUGGCUUUCGAGUGGAAUUCGUAUACAAUUAGCUUUUAUACUUUAAUUGGAAUUGUUGCCUGGCAAUGGUGGCGAUGGAAGAGACGUGGACAUUUAACAAAUGGUAUCAAGAGACUACCUGUGCCUGGUGGGAGAGGUUACCUUAAUGGACACGCUUGUGCGGUCGAUAGGAUAUCUCGAGAAAAAUUGAUUGAAUGGAGGACAUCUCUUGGAGAUAUAUACAUGAUCUAUGUCAAAUCACAACCAUGCGUGGUUCUGGCAAGCGCGAAAGUGGUUGAUGAAUUGCUACAGAAAAGUAUGGAACUUUUAAUUGUGGAAAAAGGGGUCGGGAUCACUAAUUAUGGAGGGAUUUGUCGACAUGCACUUACUUGGGUCAAUUCUAUCAUAAUUGAAAGGAGCAACCAAGUACUCUUCAAGAAGACCGAAUUGUUAUAUUUCGGAUGUUAUUGA